CCCGCAGGUCUUUUGUCCCUCCCAUGCGUUUGUCUCGCUCGUCUUCCCGCGUCUGCGCACCUCCGCCCGGCCUAGAGUACCCGCCGCAUCCCGCACACCUCACGAUUCUGCACGGACAGCAUGUCUGAGUACAGCGCGCCGCCCGGAGCCGCUCUAGGAGCCGGUGGACUGAAGAAAGACGCAUUCGCCGACGCGGUGCAGCGCGCCCGGCAGAUUGCAGCGAAAAUUGGCGGUGACGUUACCGGUCCCCCUAUGAGCAAUAACGGAGGAGCGGAGAAUUAUCCCUUCAACGCACAGAAACGAUCGCUGGAGGACGGAGAUCAACCUGAGAGCAAAAAGAUGGCAUCUGACAGAGACAGCACAGCGGCCUUGUCUAUCGGAGCCCAGCUGGCUGCCCUUUCUCAGCAGAGUGUUCGUCCUUCCACCAUGACAGAAGAUUACAGAGUACCUGAUGGAAUGGUUGGCCUCAUUAUUGGUCGGGGUGGAGAACAGAUCAAUAAGAUCCAGCAGGACUCGGGCUGUAAAGUACAGAUCGCUCCAGACAGUGGUGGUCUUCCAGACAGGAGCGUCUCUCUCACCGGUUCUCCUGAUGCCAUUGGGAGGGCCAAAAUGCUGUUGGAUGAUAUUGUGUCUCGAGGACGGGGCACUCCUCCCUCCUUCCAUGAGUCGUCCAAUGGCGGCGGCGGUGGUGGUGGUGGUGGUGGUCACAUGCAGGAAAUGAUCAUUCCUGCUGGAAAAGCAGGUCUCAUCAUCGGUAAAGGUGGAGAGACCAUCAAACAACUGCAGGAGCGAGCUGGUGUAAAGAUGAUUUUAAUUCAAGAUGCUUCUCAGGGGCCAAAUAUCGACAAGCCGCUGCGCAUCAUAGGCGAUCCUUACAAAGUGCAGCAAGCUCGUGAGAUGGUGGAGGAGAUCUUGAGAGAUCGGGAUCAACCUGGAUUUGAAAGAAACGAGUAUGGUUCCCAUAUGGGAGGAGGUGGUGGAGGAGGAGGAGGAGGAGGACUCGAGGUGCCUGUUCCACGUCACUCUGUGGGUGUUGUGAUUGGCCGAAGCGGAGAGAUGAUAAAGAAGAUUCAGAACGAUGCUGGUGUGAGGAUACAGUUUAAACCAGAUGAUGGUACCGGUCCAGAGAAGAUCGCCACUAUUAUGGGUCCUCCUGACCGCUGUGAACAUGCCGCCAGUAUAAUCAACGAACUUCUGCAGAGCAUCAGAGUACGAGAGGAAGGAGGAGGGGGUCCUCCUGGAGCUGGGAUGCCCCCGGGUGGACGCGGUAGAGGGCGUGGUCCAGGUAACUGGGGCCCACCCGGUGGUGAGAUGACGUUUUCAAUCCCCGCCCACAAAUGUGGCCUCGUGAUUGGCCGAGGAGGGGAAAACGUUAAGGCCAUCAACCAGCAGACGGGCGCGUUCGUAGAGAUCUCGCGCCAACCGCCGCCCAACGGCGACCCGAAUUUCAAACUGUUUACCAUUAGGGGGUCACCUCAACAGAUCGAUCAUGCCAAGCAGCUCAUUGAAGACAAGAUUGAGGGACCCCUGUGCCCUCUUGGUCCUGGACCGGGUGGACCAGGUCCUGGUGGACCGAUGGGACCCUACAACCCAAAUCCAUACCAGCCAGGACCUCCUGGCGGACCUCCACACGGUGGUCCUCCUGGUGGCCAGUAUCCUCAGGGAUGGGGAAAUACAUACCAGCAGUGGCAGCCACACGAUCCCAGUAAAGCAGCGACUGAUCCUAACGCAGCCUGGGCGGCUUAUUACGCACAGUACUACCAGCAGCCUGCGGGAGGCGCUAUGCCCGGCCAGGCGCCUGCGGCCCAGCCGGCUGCACCAGCUACUGCUGACCAGAAUCAAGCUGCGCCUGGGACCGCCCAACCUGACUACACCAAGGCCUGGGAGGAGUAUUACAAGAAGAUGGGUGAGACUCAAGCAGGAGGUGGUGCAGCACCGCAGGCAGGGGGCGCUCCAGCCGCUGGCGCCGCAGCAGCAGGACAGACGGAUUAUAGCGCCGCGUGGGCCGAAUAUUACAGACAGCAGGCUGCUUAUUACGGACAGACGGGACAGACACCCGGACAGCCAGGUGCGACGCCGCAGGGCCAGCAGGCUCAGUAAAAGACUCUUGUUGAAAUCACAUCCGUCCACCCUGGCCUCACUCCCCAUGAUCUUGCUCUCCUGAGAAAAGGACAAAAUUUCUUCUUUCUGUUGUUUAUUUUUUUCUUGCUGUAUCCAGCAGGAAGUUGCGUGACUUUAUUUCCGCCGGAUGUACAAACACUGAUGAACUCGAAUCAAACUCUGCCUUCCCCCUCCUCAGCAGCUUCAUCCCUCUUCUUCCUCACGUUAAUGUGACUCAUCGCCAGGGAGGCACAAGGAAAUGUCGCUAACUUCCUCACACGAGCGUGCACUUCCUGUUUUGCGUUUCUUUAAGGAUUCGUUUUUGAGAGAAAAGGUCCAUACGAGGAAAUCUUCAGGUGUUAUAACUAACUACUGUUUAUAACUCGACGAGUAACUGUUUUUUUGCUUUUAGUCCUUUUUCGUUUUAAAAAUAUUUGAUUGCGCUCGAACAUUCCCGUUGUUUAUUUUAGAAGUCAUUAAGUGAGGUUUUUUUUAUUUGAUUUUCUGUGAUUAUCAAUGACACUUCGAUGUGUGAGGAUGCAUUUGCGUGUAUGUUGGUGCUUUUCCCGUGCGUGUAUGUAAGAGUGUUCGGUACUGGCCCGUUUCGCCUCACUAUUAGGACAAGGAUUUCUUUUUGUUUCCACCCCCAUGUCAUUUGGAAGUCAUGAUGUUAUAUAAAAGUAUAUAAAUUGUAUGCUUUUUUUUACUGCUUGUUUUUAAAAACUACAAAAUAAAAACGUUACAGAAUCCUCAUCAGA